AUGGAGACUAUCUUGCCUCAUGAGCACAGCCUUCAUGGCCACCACCACACUCAAUUGACGCCUGAGAAGUUGGCCCUCAUCAAGUUGACAACAACUGAGCUGAACGGGGACACGAUGUCUGAUGCAGGCACCGUCAAUAUUCGUCGGGGCUCUCGACUCUCGCGAGUGGGAAGCACUCGUUCCGCAAGACGCCAGAGCUCACUGCUGCGCACUUCUUCACGCACGGAAGCUUCAUCAUAUGCCAAGAUGUCAUCGGAGCUCACCUCUCAAGCUGAGACCAAGUUCAUGGUCUUGGUUGAUGUGAUAGCCAAUGCUUCGAAGGAAGCUAGCAGCCUCAAAGCCAUCUGGGAAAAAAUGAAGCACGAGCGAGAAGUAUACCUUGAAGAGCGGGAAGACUUGCUUGCUCAGACUGCUGAUCUGACCGCUGAAUUGACGACUUGGGAAGAGGAAAGAUCUCGUCAAGGGUCUGAGACCAUCGACAGGAAAAAGCAGAUUGAGAAACUUCUUGCAGAGCUCUCCACGGCCCUCGGCAAUAUCACCACUGAGAAAGAGCGUGUGGCAGAACGCGACUCCCAGCUCAGAAAAGUCAGCCUUGAGCUUCGCGAAUUGAAAGAAUCAACUUCCCGUCACACCUCGCAGUACGAUCGUACUCGUCAAGAGCUAAGCACACUCAAUGCCCGCCUCAAACAAAUUGAGCUUGAGCGCGAUACCGCUGUUCAGGAGUCUGAGAGGUAUCACCGUGAACUCACUAAGGCCAACCGCGAGCGUACUGAAGUGACAACAAAACUCUCGGACGUCACCUCCAGCUUUGAGGCAGCACAACAUGAAGCACACUCGCUGACAGUCCGAAUCAAGGCUGUCGAGUUGGAGCAGGAGGAAAGCCUCCAAACCAUCGCUCAAUUGAAAGAAGAGGUCAGACGGGCAAAACAACAGAGCGUUGACGAUUCCAAGGAAACCAUCGAAGCCAUCGAAAAAUAUGAAAAGGCAAGUCGAGAGAUCACAAAGCUGAAAGAUUUCCUCGGCAUCGUUGAAGCAGAGCGUGACGAGCACUUGCAGACAAUCGAAGGCCUGCGACGUCAAAUCAAGACUCACACAUCUGAUCACCUUGAACUCACUACCCAGCUUAGUAGCGUCACCCAGAGAUUCGAAGCCACCAAGCGUGAGCUCGUCAGUACGCAAGAAAGUCUCCGUACUCUUGAGGUGGGACGGGCCAAGGAUCUGGAGAGUCUCCAGCUUGCCCGUGAGUCUCUUCAUAGUGCUGUUCGCGAGCGCGACGAACUUGGCGAUGAGUUGGCCAGCCUCAAAAGGCGCGUCGAAGAACACAAGCACCAAGCAGUUAUUGCCAAUGAGAACUUGAGCAGAAGUGAGGAGAAGAUCACGGAACUUCAAGUCGAGCUCAGAUCAUUGAGCGAACAAGUGCGUCUUGCCCACCACGAGCGCGAUGAAGCGGAAAGCAAGAGCGCCCGAGGACUGACGGAGAUUACUCGUCUUCGCGAACGCAUCUCCACUCUUGAGCACGAGAAGCUCGCCGUCGUUGAGUCUCGAAGCAAGCUCAGCGCGGAGCUCGAGCAUUUGCGUAGCGAGUACAGCGAGGUGACCGAAACUGUCACAUCUUUCCGCGACGACGCAGAUGAUAUGGAGCAAGAAAUUGAGAGUCUGCGAGCACUGCUCCACGAGACACGCGAGCAGCGUGAGCGAGCCAUCCACGCCCGCGAGUCUGCUGACAAGGAGCGUGACGAGUACAUUCGCAAAUAUGAGGAAAAGUGUGUCGAGAUUGAAAGAAUGAAGGAGAGCAGUUUCAGCCGUGCCAACAGCUACUCACACUCGCAACACCGGACUUCCCGAGGAGCUGGGGAGCUUCGGACAUCGCGAACAAUCAUUUCCAAGUCCGGAAACCACUCCCACCUGGAGCAGGAGUCCAGACAUGACGCCAACCACCUGAACUCGGCUGGUGUCGACCACGAUGGGUUCCAUGAAGGUGCACCGGAGACCCAAGUGGCAGCUUGA